AUGCCUCAUAGAUCAGCCUUACUCGUGAAUCGCCCUACUUCGUCGCAUUCGCUUCUUCUCCCCGUAGUCCACACUCCGUCCCCUUCCGUCCCACACACGCACUCCCCUCCAUCGCUCACGCUUCCUCGCGACAACGAGCACGCUCCCUCCCCUCCCGUCUCCUUUGCGCUCGCUCCAUUGUCGCACACGCGCGCUCUGUUUUCUCGCGGAUUACAAUUCCCUCCCGUCGCCCACGCGGGAGCGCCGAGACCGAUUACGCACACUCCCUUCCGUCACCCACGCUCACUUCGUUCCCGCCGCAGACGCGCACUCCCUUCCGUCGCCCCCGCGCACUCCGUCAGUUACCUCGGCCCACGCGCACUCCCUUCCGUUGCCCACUCUCAAGACCUUCCCGUCGCCCACGCUCACACCCUUCCCAUCGCCUACGCGCAAUCGUUCAGUCGCCCACUCUCAAUCACUUCCCUCGCCCACGCUCGCUCCCUUCCCGUCGCCCACGCUCACUCCCUUUCCAUCGCCUUCGCGCAAUCCUUACAUCGCACACGCUCACCCCCGCUCGUCGCACACGGCCAAUUCCCUCUCGUCGCACGCUGCCGCCCGCGCCGCGCUCUCCCUUUCAAUCUCCUCCCGUCGUCCACGCGCACUCCCUCCCGGCGCGCGAGACGACUCCCCGUCCGCCGCCCACGCUCACUCCCUCCCGCCGUGACGGUCCCCUCCGUCGCACAUGCUCACUCCCCUCCGUCGCCCACGCCCACUCCCUAUGGUCGCACUCACUCCUCCCCGUCGCCCACUCAUUCCCCUCCGUAUCCCUCGCUCACUCCCCUUCCGCCGCCCACGCUCGCUCCCUCCCGUCGCGUUCGGCCCCAUCCGUCGCCCACGCUCACUCCACUGCCGUCACACACGCACGCACCCUCCCCUCGACGGAGAGGGGGUGCUCCGCUUCCCUCGCAUAUGCGUUCAUCUCCCCAUCCCUCAUCUCCCCAUCCCUCAUCUCCCCAUCCCUCAUCUCCCCAUCCCUCAUCUCCCCGUCCCUCAUCUCCCCGUCCCUCAUCUCCCCAUCCCUCAUCUCCCCGUCCCUCAUCUCCCCGUCCCUCAUCUCCCCGUCCCUCAUCUCCCCGUCCCUCAUCUCCCCGUCCCUCAUCUCCCCGUCCCUCAUCUCCCCGUCCCUCAUCUCCCCAUCCCUCACCCCCCCAUCCCUCAUCUCCCCAUCCCUCACCUCUCCGGUCUUCCUCUCCCUCUCCCCUCUCCUCUCAUUCCUUACCCUUCUCCCUCUCCUCUCCCUCCUCCCUUUCCACUCGCCCCGCCACUCCCGCCGUGCUUCUCCCUCCCCCCAUUCCGCCUCGCCCCAUUCCGCCCCACCCCAUUCCGCCCCAUCCCAUUCCGCCUGACCUCAUUCCGCCCCACCCCAUUCCGCCUCACCCCAUUCCUCCUCUCCCCGUCCCCUCCUCACUUUACCCCCCUCUUCUCCCCUUCCCCACCUCAUCCCAUCUCCUCCUCUUUCCGUCCACCCCUCCUCACCCCAUCUCCUCCUCUUUCCAUCCAGGCCUCCUCACCCCAUUCCGCCUCACCCCAUUCCGCCUCCCGUCCUCUCCCCAUCCCCUCCUCUUACUAUCCCUCCUCUCCCUGUCUCUCCUCUCCCCAUCCCUCCUCUCAUCCCUCCUCUUACCAUCCCUCCUCUUACCAUCCCUCCUCUCCCCAUCCCUCCUCUCCCUAUCCGUCCUCUCCCCAUCCGUCCUCUGUUCGUUCCUUCCUCCCCACAUCCCUUCCUGUUUGCUCCGCACUUCACCUCCCCCUCCCCUCCCCCAAUCGCUCUGCGCGGUCUCAUUGCAGGGACUCCUCGCAGGGAAAGAAGGGGAAAGGGAGGAAAGUGCACCCACGCUACGUCUAUCCCCUCACCCCGCCCUGUCCUAUCCCCUCACCCCGCCCUGUCCUAUCCCCUCCCCUCCCCCUCCCGUCCUCUCCCCAUCCCCUCCUCUUCCAAACCCAUCCCUCCUCUUUCCAUCCAUCCUCUCCCCAUCCCUCCUCUCCCCACCUCCUCAUCCCUUGUGCGUUUCUGCUCCAGGGAGCUGCUUGGGACGCUGUGGACGGAUGGCGGCGCCCAUAGUCGCACAACAGAGGCGGACGUGGUGCUGCGUGAAUCCCUUCCCCCCGUCCUCCCAACCUCUCUUUCUCCCUUCAUCACGCCCCUCCUCUCCCCAUCCCCUCCUCUCCCCCUCCCCUCAUCACGCCCCUCCUCCCAUCACGUCACGUCCUCUCCCCAUCCCCUCCUCUUCCAAACCCAUCCCUCCUCAUCACAUCCCUCCUCUUUCCAUCCAUCCUCUCCCCAUCCCUCCUCUCCCCAUCCGUCCUGUCCCCAUCCCCUCCUCUCCCCCUCCGCUCCAGGUGUUUCCUCCCAUCAUCACUUCCUCCCAUCAUCACUUCCUCCCAUCACCACUUCCUCCCAUCAUCACUUCCUCCCAUCACCACUUCCUCCCAUCACCACUUCCUCCCAUCACCACUUCCUCCCAUCACCACUUCCUCCCAUUACCACUUCCUCCCAUCAUCACUUCCUCCCAUCACCACUUCCUCCCAUCACCACUUCCUCCCAUCACCACUUCCUCCCAUCACCACUUCCUCCCAUUACCACUUCCUCCCAUCAUCACUUCCUCCCAUCACCACUUCCUCCCAUCACCACUUCCUCCCAUCACCACUUCCUCCCAUCACCACUUCCUCCCAUCAUCACUUCCUCCCAUCACCACUUCCUCCCAUCAUCACUUCCUCCCAUCACCACUUCCUCCCAUCACCACUUCCUUCCAUCACCACUUCCUCCCAUCACCACUUCCUCUUCCUAUCCCCUUUCCCUCUCACAUCGUCCUAUCUCCCCCUGUCCCUUCCCCCCUGCUUCCCUCUUCCCCCUCUUUCCCCGCUUUCCCCUCCCCAUCGCUCGUAUUCUCUUUCUCUCCCUGGCUAUUGCAGUGA